CAGUUUAGAAGAAACUUAUAUCUUAAGACAUUUAUUGGGUUAGGUAUUGUUUCCCAUAUAUGUUCUAGUCGAGUAUUCACACAAAGAAGCGUGCGACAGAUCUUCGGCACUUAAUAUUUUGUAUUUGUAAUAAUGUAAAAUAUAAAAAUUAACAAAUAAAACAACUAUAUGAACAUUUGCAUGUGUUGGGUAUAUGUCUAGUUAUUGAAAUACUCAGUAUAAAUGAGUAAGAAGAUCUCCAUCAACAUUGAUCUGACCAACGUUUUACUCCUUUUUUAAUCUAAUAAGAACUAAAAAAUGCAACCAUUGAACUCGAGCAUUGAUAAAGCAAAACAUUUUUUCAUAGAGAGCGGGAUCUUAGGACCCGUUAACUUUAAAUAUUCUCAUGACAUGAUUCGGAAGACGUCUACCAUUCACAUUGACGAAACUCUUAAGAAUCAGAUUCGAAAAACAUCAUUGGGUAUGCGAUCGAGGGCAUUUAGAGAAAAUAAUUCAUUAAACAGUUUCGACGAUACCCUUAUAAAUCUUCAAAACGAAAUCUAUAACAUAAGAGAUUCAUUAGUCAAUGGCGAGACUAAAAUUAUACUUCUCCGCACUGAAAUUGGCAAAUUAAAGGAGGCUCUACAAGCAAUUAUGAAGGCUCUUGAUUCCUCUGAUGAGUUGAUGACGAAAAUUAAAGAUUCCACGCCGAAUCUUUGUUUAUUUUGCCAACCUAAUAGUUAUAAAAAAUUCGCCGAGUUUCAGUCCUUUUAACAAAAUCCUAUUUAACAAAAAUUAAUAUGAAAAAUAAAUUUUGGUUAAAAACAUACAUAUUUAUAUUAAUGGAACAGAAAGUAUUUUAUAAUUAAGUAAAUACUGGUGCUUAAGAAUAAAAAACAUACACAUUUCAAUUUAACUUUCAUACUUGGUUUGCCUUGUUUUUAAGAACAAUCGCUGCCAACGCUUUAUUUUUAAAUGUAGUUACACUUUUAGAGUAUAAUUUUAUCUUUUACGUUUAAAACUAUAGCGAGUAUAUACAAAUAAAUAAAUAACGUUUUUAUAACAUAUUUUAUAUUCUUAAAUAAAGUUUAAAAACUUA